GAUGGCCGACUUGUUGGCGAGAUACGGCAUUUACAUCGAUGACUUGAGCAAAAUACGCGUUUUAGAGCCGGAAGCGGCGAAUCAAACGAAUAAGUUGAAGGAGGAGUGUCAGAGCUUCGUGUCCAAGAUUACUGAAUUUGAAAAGAAUUCCGACGAAUUCAUUAGGAUAUUGGACAAUUUAGCAAAGGAAGUAGAGAAAGAGAAAAUGAAGACGAUUGGCGCGCGGAAUCUGCUGCGUUCCGUUGCGAAGCAAAGAGAAGCCCAGAAACAACAAAUGGAGGCAUUGAUUUUGGAAAAGUCUGUGGAACUGGAACGGCUAAGAGUACAAUACGAUUCUUAUAAAAAGAUCGAAAUGGAACAACUAGAAACUAUCGAGCAUUUAUCAGUGAAUUAAUGUAAUAUAAUUAUAGCUUCCGACUGUAUCUUUAUUCUUGAUUGAAUUUUCUUCAUUUUUUUGCCAAUAAAUAAUACAAUAAUUUUUAA